UUCCAUUCUUGCGUGGAAUACUAGUAUGUCGCAGCGGGUAGCGCAUGCGUCUGUUCACGCGGCGGUAUCCAAGUCCUUGUGUGUCCUGUCGGCGAAGCUUUCCGUCGACUCGGCAUGUCCUUCGUCCAAACUUGCUCGCACGAUCGAGCAAGUGAACAAGCAGCAUCGCAUUGCACAGCAGGUGGAUCGCCGGACGCGGAAUCAGCGCGAAGAUGUGAGCGGGCGGCGGCUCACGGACGACGAAAAGGCCAUGGCCGCCCACCAUACGUUUACAUUGGUUCUGAUGGACGGAAUGCGAUUGGUUUCCAUGUACGUCGAAAACAACAAGCAGCUUCAACGAGUCCGACAAGUGCCAGCAACCCCAACCCAGCCCCAUCAAGUGGAAGGAGGACCGAUGAUGGCUAUUGAUUCACAACUGACAACGCUGUCGUGGACACCAACGACGACGGGGGACAUUGGAUGGUGGCGCUCUUGGCUGUUCUACUCAUCCCCGGUCGUCCAAGUCUCGUUUGAAAGCGUGACCUCCAUUGAGCGAAGCGACGAAUGGCCACAUGCCUUGACCAAGCCAGCCGCGCCUGAAGUGUCGCCCGUGCAUGGUGUGUGGGUAGACACCCCCACGCUUCGCCUCUGGCUUCAGUGCCACGAUGAGGCGGAACAAGUGCAAGUGGUGACGAGCUUUCAACGCUAUGUUCAGUCUGCCAAGAAGCGAACGGCGGACAACAAUAGUACUCGACACAAAUGAAUGCAUGAUUCGGUUGAGGCCACACAUGGGGACCGAAGAAGCUCGCAUGGGUUGAUACAACCCGUGAUGGGAUAAGGUGCUGUACCUUGACCCCCGCAACAAAC